AUGGCGCCCACCAGACGCCUGUUCGCCGUUGCUGCAGGGCUCCUCGCCCCGAUCUCACUGGCGGACUGCUCUUCAUUUUCCGAACAGUCACCUGAUGACAGGGUGGAGGGUGUGUUGAACUCCCUUUCCCUACUUCGAAUGAAGGCUGCGUUUCUGGAGCCCUCUCAGGACGAUCCGCAUGAGUCGCUCUACUCUCAGUUUGCGCAGAACGGAGCUGUGAUGAUUAUCGACUGCCGAAUGGGCGUGCAGUCUGCGGACACUUGCAUGCUUCACGGUUUUUCCCAUGAAACAAGAGUUGCGCCUCAGCAUUCUGCCGCUGGUUUCUAUCGCAAUGCAGGCUCCACGAGCACUGACAGUCCCGCUGCAGUGACGAUCUCCGCUUACAAGAAUGGAGAAAGGGUCUUUGAGGACGAGUACGUGAAACAAAGGAUAGGUGAGGAUCUGGCAGAACAAGCAGGCGAAAUCUAUGCGCUCGCCGAGCGCGCAGGUCUUCUUGAGGCGGGAGCCAUCGGCGGUGAUGCGCGUAAAAAACGCGCCAUCAAAGAUAUGGCGGAACGCUCGAACAAGUUUUGGACUGAAUUAGCGCAGUUCUUCGUAAAACAAAGACGCUCCGGAGAAGCAGGCAGCAACGGGUCCCAUGAGCCACAUAAAAAGAAGUCGAGACGCACGCAUGGUGGGGAAAACCACAUCGCCGAACAAGACAUCUCACCCAAGAGUGGAUCAACUGGGGCGUCAACCGCCACACCUCCUGCUGCUACUCGCCCAAACCUACCAUCCACUGCGGCCAACUUACAAAGCGCGAUUCCGAAGGAAGUGGAAGCAGGAGGGGAGUUUUUGGCGAACAUUGGAAGGGCUGUUGCCUCGCAGGUCUUCGCGACUCCUGAAGAGAUUGCACGGCAGGCAGGCCUCUCAUUACCGUUCUCAUCCUUAAUGGGCAUGGUCCCUUCUUCGUUCCUCCAGACGGGAAUGAAUCUUUUUGGGGCACCGCAGCUCUUGACUGCGCCAAUGGCGAUUGGUUCAAGCCUUCUACUUACGGGUGGUGGUCAGUCAGGCUUUCCUUUCUUCCCUUUCAAUCCCGGCACUCUUAUGACAUUGAUGCAAGAUCUCGAAAGCGGUGGAAGCCGGCUCCCCUCCGCAGUCCCGACGCCCCCGCCUUCUUCCUCGGACGUGAAAAACCCCGAGUUCAAGGACGACGACAUCGACGCGGCUAUCGACAACUUUGCAAUGACCGAAGCCGAUUUGUUCUAG